AUGCCUGCACUAUCGUAUAUCCAACCCGCGACAAUCCUCGGCGGUGGGGAGACGCAACUGCAGAGAUGGUCAUCUUUGAUUGGUAUCGUCACGGCAAUUAUCGGGAAUAUCCUCAUAUCUUUCGCUCUGAAUAUUCAGCGAUACGCACAUAUUCGACUUCAUGAUGAGAAGGCACGACGCAAGGAAAGAGCAAAGAGUGCUGCGAAAGGCGCACAAAGUGGCUAUGGAACAAUUGGGCGCGAAGGCGAAAAUGCGAGAAAUCCUCAAAACGAUGAACCAGCGAAUGGAGACGGAGAAGAUCUUUUGCAGAGCUCAUUCCACUCUUCAGGCACAGACAAAUCCGACAACUCAACCUGCUCAAAACAUGACACAACCCAAGUCCAGACCUAUCUCAAGUCGCCGUACUGGUGGGGAGGCAUUAUUCUGAUGACAGUGGGGGAAGCGGGGAACUUUCUUGCAUAUGGAUUCGCACCCGCCUCUAUCGUAUCGCCAUUGGGGGUCGUGGCAUUGAUAUCGAACUGUGUUAUAGCACCUAUCAUGCUAAAGGAGAGAUUUCGAUUCCGAGACUUUUGCGGAGUGGUUGUCGCUGUCGCUGGGGCGGUCGUUGUCGUCCUUAGCGCGAAAACGCAAGAGAAAAAGUUUGGCCCGCAUGAGAUCUGGGGUGCUAUUACAAAUUUGGAGUUCGAGAUUUACAUGAGUGUCACUAUAUUUUUGAUUGCGGUUCUUAUGUGGGCAAGCCCUAAAUAUGGUAACAAGACAAUCUUGAUAGACCUCGGUUUAGUUGGCCUUUUCGGCGGCUAUACGGCAUUAUCCACCAAGGGAGUAGCAUCUAUGCUUUCUUCAACCCUUUGGAGAGCUUUCACAACGCCGGUCACCUAUGCAUUAAUAGUCAUUUUGAUCGGGACCGCAGUGAUGCAAGUUCGGUAUGUCAAUAAGGCCCUACAGAGGUUUGACUCAACGCAAGUGAUUCCAGUUCAGUUCGUGAUGUUCACACUUUCAGUCAUCAUUGGGAGUGCAAUCCUGUACAGAGACUUCGAAAAGGCCACGGCGGACAGUGUGGGCAAAUUUGUUGGCGGGUGCCUCUUGACGUUUUCAGGAGUUUACCUCAUCACCAGUGGACGCCACUCUCAGGAUGAUGAGAAUGACGAGGAUAACGAGUCAGACGAAGGAGGUGAAGAACGGAUUAACCUCAUUAACCAUGAUCCGACGGACUCGGAGACAACGCAACAGAAGCGCGAUUUUGGCUCCGUUCAAGAUUCAAAUGGUCUUGUUCAAAACGGCGAUGGCAGUUAUGACGAUUCAGAAUCAAGGAGAUCAUCUCGAGUUAGCUUUGCUGGAUCUUCUUCGCGACCACGAUCACCAAAAAUGUAUUCUAAUUCAUCAAGACUACCCAUGUCGCAAUCUUCAGGUGGGAGUAAGGACGGGAAAGAAAUACCACGUCUUCAGAAUCCUUGGAAAACUUCGAACGAAGAACUUUCGAGACAUCCCGGACUACCUAGUUCGUCUUCUCAACCCGUGCUACCUACCGAAGCGCAAACAUCACUUAACGAUCACUUGAAGCCGCCCCCACUGGGACGGCCAUCUUCACAAGGAAACGUACAUACACAUCCAAAUCAGCAACAGCACCCAACGCCACCGCAGCCUGACAGGCCAGCUACACCAGUUGCGAGGCAUUCAAUAGCUCGCAUGUUGCCAGGACCUUUUAUCUCACCUCUAUCGGGAGGUUUGAGUGUGGUGGUUGCCGACACUUUGAGACGAGGGGUAGAUUCGUCUCGGGCUAGACGACCGAAACUUGGUAUUCGGAGGUCAAAGUCUGGGUCUCAAAGGCUUUCGCAUGGAGCUAGAGUUGAAAGCUACUAUGAUGAGACGGGCACGUCACCCGCGAAACCAAUCGACCCUGACAAUAUCAGUAAAUCAUUAGACAGUGACGGGGGAACUUGGUCACGAGUGACAAGAUCACGAAGCUUAAGCAACACGCUUGGGGAUCUGUUUCGUGGGAAACGUCAACGAUUGGAGAGUCGAGAUGGGCAAGGAGAUGAGGAAGCGGGUCCAAAUGGAUCCUGA